GCAGUCGAGGUUAUUAUCGUCAUUGUCCACUGCAUUCCCUUGAUUGCUUCCCUCGUUUGCAUACAAAGGUUCGGCCUCUUUCUGCUUCACACCGAAGCCGUCCAUCACAUCGGCGCACACAGUACUACAGUAGUAGUUAGUUCAGUUCCCAAUAAGAGGAAAAGCCCUUCUUCUUCUCUCAGUUUCUCACCAAGCGGACGAAGCCCUACAAUAAAUCGAUCCUCAAAAAACCCUAGUUUCUUCUCAAUUUCGACCCAUCAUUUUGUAUUUUUUUCAAUAUUCAAAGCCCGCAACAAAGGCACCGCCGCAUGGCUCUUAUCUGAUACUUUUUGUUGGAUUUGCGAGAGAGGCAUGAAGCGAGAGGUAGCUUAUGUGUUGGAGGUUCAGUCUCAGCUCGUUGGUUCACUCGGCGAGAAUCGUUCGUGCAUAACUCAGUCUCCGCCUGAAACUCGGGCGACUUGUUGUACAGAAGCCGAGAGUGUUUGCCCUAAGAGAUUUAGAGUCACUGACGUGAAUGGUUUCAUUGUUUAUACUCGGCUUAAGAAGUCUCGAAUCAAUGGAUGCUCUAAAUUGAGGGAGAAUCCGGUAAAUGGGAGAAUUAAAAGCUUAGAAGAAGAACCAGAACUUGAUUCAACGAGCUCUUCCAUUGAGGAGGAAGGUCUAGCUACUGAUAAUGUACUUGAGAAAAAUGAAGCAUUGGACAAACAAGUUCAAGCGAAUCAUCUGGUAGAUAGUGGAAUUGAAGCAGGUAUAGUAGCUGAAGCUGUAAAUAGGAAGGAACCAAAUGGUAGUGCGGUGGAGGAAGAAGAGGUGGGGUUAGGGAAUGCAGAUUGUAAAGAAAAUGUGGCACUACUGAGGCAGUACUCACGAGCUACAUUGAAGAUGAAGGUAACCAUGGAAGCUGCUGAUGGUAGGGCAAGUUCUGUAGUAGAGCAGAUCAGCCAGUCAGAGCAAUCUACUGCCGACAAAGAAGGUGUGGCUGAGGCCCCAUUAAAUUUUAUGGAGAGUAGCAAACCACCAAAACGAUCCACGCGGUCAGCUUUGAAGCUGAUGGAAGAGCAAGUAGAAGUAACUGUCCAUGGCAUGGAAGUAAUUGACAAUAGAAGUAACUGUAGGGCGAUUUCUGCAGUAGGGUCGAUCAGCAGGUCAGAGCAAUCUCCUUCCGACAAAGAAGGCUUGGGUGAGGCACCAUUAAACUUUACUGAGAGUAGAAAACCAAGACGAUUCACGCGUUCAACCUUGAAGGCGAAGGAAGAACCAGUAGAAGUAACCGUCCAAGGCGUGGAAGCAAUUGACCAUGAAACAACUUCCAGAAUAGAUGUUGAGAUGAUUGCUGAAGGAAGUGCUUUGGCAGCUUCAAAGAAGAAUUUGGAGUUGAAGAUGUCGAAAAAGAUUUCGGUAGACAAGAAGCCUAUGACGGUCAAGGAACUCUUUGAGACUGGUUUGCUUGAGGGGGUGCCGGUGAUUUACAUGGGUGGGAAGAAGGCAUUUGGUCUCCGGGGAACUGUUAAAGAUGUUGGAAUUUUAUGUUCAUGUUCUUUGUGCAAGGGUUUCAGAGUUAUUCCACCUUCCCAAUUUGAGAUUCAUGCAUGUAAUCAGUACAGACGUGCUGCCCAGUAUGUUUGUUUUGAGAAUGGAAAGAGCCUACUCGAUGUUCUGAAAGCAUGCAGAGCUGCUCCUCUGCAUGAGUUGGAAGCAACAAUUCAAAGUGCUAUUAGUUCUUCUGCUGAAGAUAGAUCUUUCAUUUGCAUUAAGUGCAAAGGCUCCUUUCCUCCAAGUUGUGUUGGCAAACUUGGACCACUGUGCAUUUCUUGCUCAGAUUCAAAGGAAUCAGGAGAUGGCCCAAGUUGUGCAAUUGUUGAUAUAAGAACUAGAUUGCCAGAGCCAGAACCAUAUUUGAUUCCAAAGCUUCCCAAAAGUGAUUCCACAUUUGACUCACCACAGUGUAGUAAAUUGAAGAUAACCAGGAAGUCAUCAAAAACUGAUUUACUUGCAGUGACCUAUAAAAGCGCUUUUGUGCAUAAAUCUUCACGAUUAAGGAGCCAAUGGAAGACAACUUCAAAGUCAAUAAAAACAGAUUUAAUCACAAAGGCUUCCAAAAGUGCUUCAGUGCCCAUCUCUUCCAAAAGAAAAAGUCAACGAAAGUCUGCACCAAAGUCAUCAAAACCAGCUGCGAUCUCAAAAUCAUUCAAGAAUGCAUCAGCAUAUGUCUCUCUGCAAAAUAAAUGUCAAUGGAAGCUAACAACAAAAAGAGAUCAGCGCUUGCAUAAGUUGGUUUUUGAGGAAGGUGGAUUGCCUGAUGGAACGGAAGUGGCCUAUUAUGGUCGUGGGCAGAAAAUGCUUGAGGGUUACAAAAAGGGAUUUGGAAUAUUUUGUUGUUGCUGCAACUGUGAGGUCAGUCCCUCACAAUUUGAAGUUCAUGCAGGCUGGGCUUCUCGCAAGAAACCCUAUUCAUACAUAUACUUGUCUAAUGGGGUGUCACUCCAUGAACUGGCGAUAUCUCUCUCUAAAGGUCGCAAAUAUUCGGCAAAGGAUAAUGAUGACGUAUGUGUCAUCUGUGCUGAUGGUGGAAAUUUAUUGCUCUGUGAUGGGUGUCCAAGGGCUUUUCACAAAGACUGUGCUUCUUUAUCAAGUGUUCCUCGUGGUGAUUGGUAUUGCAGAUAUUGCGAGAAUAUGUUCCAAAGGGAAAAGUUUGUUGAGCAUAAUGCCAAUGCUAUUGCAGCUGGUAGGGUUUCAGGAAUUGAUCCUAUUGAACAGUUGACCAAGAGAUGCAUCCGUAUAGUUAAAAGCAUUGAACAAGAGCUUAGUGGCUGUGCUAUAUGCAGACUUCAUGAUUUUAGCAAGUCAGGUUUUGGUCCUCGAACUGUAAUACUUUGUGAUCAGUGUGAGAAGGAACAUCAUGUUGGUUGUUUGAAGACCCAAAAAAUUGCUAAUUUAAAGGAAUUGCCGAAAGGGAAGUGGUUUUGUUGCGUGGAUUGCAGUAAGAUCCAUUCUACCUUGCAGAAGUUGCUAAUUUGUGGAGCUGAGAGACUCCCUGAUAGUUUUUUGAAUGUUUUAAAGAAGAAGCAUGAAGAAAAAGAACUUGGAACCAUUACAGAUAUUGAUGUUAGAUGGAGGCUUCUGAGCAGUAAAAUUUCUUCUUCGGAAACUAGGUCGUUGCUGUCUCAAGCAGUUGGUAUUUUCCAUGAGUGCUUUGAUCCUAUUGUUGAUUCAGCGACAGGAAGAGAUCUUAUCCCGUAUAUGGUUUAUGGAAGGAACUUAAAGGGUCAAGAAUAUGGGGGAAUGUACUGUGCAAUAUUAACAGUCAACUCCACUGUCGUCUCUGCUGGAAUUCUUAGAGUUUUUGGACUGGAAGUUGCAGAACUGCCAUUGGUUGCGACAAGUAAAGAUAACCAUGGCAAGGGAUACUUCCAAUUACUAUUCUCCUGCAUAGAGAAGCUGCUUGGGGUUUUGAAUGUGAAAACCCUUGUGCUCCCAGCUGCUGCAGAAGCAGAAUCUAUAUGGACCGAUAGAUUUGGUUUCCAGAAGAUAAAACCAGACCAGCUUAGCAGAUACAGAAGAAGCUGCUGCCAGAUGGUAACCUUCCAAGGAACAUCUAUGUUGCAGAAAUCUAUUCCUGCUUGUAGUGUUGUGAAUAAAAGUACAGGUGGGUUCAUAGAAUCUUGUUGUGCAGUUGAAUAAAGAGAAAUUUUGUUGCUAUCUGGGACAAAAAAAAAGUAUAGUUCUUCAUUCAUUUAUCCUCUGCCAAUCCUGUCAAUUUCUGGGAUUUAUUGUAGAUGUAAGCCUCUGUGCAUUAUUUGAUCUCUGAAGAAUUGAUCUAGAGAGAGCGAAUAGUUAUCGAUCGAUCAAGCAUUGUAGCCAAAUAUCUUGUAGUUUUUAGGGCAUUGUUGCAAGACUAGUGGCUUUCAUGGUUUAAGAAAAUAUAUUGGAGUCAUUCCUCAUA